AUGGAAAGGGGAAAUCACUCGGAGGCGACUGAGUUCAUUCUCUCAGGAUUGACAGAUCGUCCAGAGCUGCAGGUUCCCCUGUUUGGGGUGUUCCUACUGAUUUAUGGUAUCACCCUGGUAGGGAAUGGGGGGAUCAUCUUGUUAAUCAUGAGUGAUCCACAGCUCCAGACCCCCAUGUACUUUUUCCUCAGUAUUUUGUCUUUCUGUGACCUUUUCUUUUCCUCUACAAUUUCCCCUAAGAUGCUGUUGAAUUUCUUAGCCGAGAGGAAAAGCAUUUCUAAAACUGCCUGCGCUGUGCAAAUGUCUCUCUCUAUCGCUUUUGCAGAUGCUGAGAGCCUCUUGCUGGCCCUGAUGGCGUAUGACCGUUAUGUGGCCAUCUGUAAGCCGCUGCUCUAUACAGUCACCAUGUCCAGGCAGCUUUGUAAACAGCUGGUGGCUGGGGCGUUCGCUGUGGGGAUUGUGGAUUCAAUGAUAUACACGUGUUUUAUAUUUCGGCUGUCAUUCUGCAGCUCCAACAUCAUCAAUCAUUUCUUCUGCGACAUCCCCCCACUCUUGGCGCUCUCCUGUUCUGAUACCCGCAUCAAUGAGAUUGUGAUGUUUAUUUUCACAUGCUGCUUUACAGUGGGCACUUUUGUGACUGUCAUCCUCUCCUAUGUCUAUAUCAUCUCCACCAUCCUGCAGAUCCACUCCGCCAAGGGCCGACACAAAGCCUUCUCCACCUGCUCUUUCCACUUGGCCGUUGUGGUCCUGUUUUAUGGCACCCAAUUCUUCAUAUAUUUAUGUCCCACCUCCAGCUAUUCCAUAGAGAGAGACAGAGUGGCCUCAGUGUUUUACACGCUGGUGAUCCCCAUGUUGAACCCCCUCAUCUACAGCCUGAGGAACACGGAGGUGAAGGACGCCCUGAGGAGAGCAAUGAAUAAACUCCUAACCAAUAUUUGA